AUGUCCAUGAUGACUGUAUUGGUUCCUCGCUUCGCCACAGUUGCUCUCCGGUCCACAUGUCGAGUUCUCCAUUAUGUACGACCGUCCAAGGCCGGGUAUAAAUACCAAACAUCACAUACCAGGAAUUUCCUUGCUACGCAACCCAAACUAAAAAAAGACAAGAUCACAGUGUACUUUAUUGAUCGAGAUGGGGAUCAAAUUGCUGCCCCUGCGGCUGUAGGAGAAUCUUUACUAGACGUGGCGCUAAACAAUAGCAUAGAACUUGAAGAGGGUGAAAAAACUGCCACAGAAGCCAAAGUAAACAGCACCCUAUUGGAUGUGGUCAUUGAUAAUGACCUUGACAUUGCUGGCUUUGGUGCCUGUGAAGGAACAAUGGCUUGUUCUACAUGUCAUUUGAUUUUACCAAAAGACUUCUACAACAAAUUACCUUGUCCCCCGUCUGAUGAAGAGCAGGACAUAUUAGAUAUGGCAUUUGGAUUAACAGACACGUCACGCCUUGGCUGUCAGGUUUAUGUUACUGAAGACAUGGAUGGCUUAGAAGUGAAAAUACCAGUUGAAACAUCAGAUGUAAGAAACAUUUCUUAG